AUGGAUGCGACAAAUAUUGAACGCCUUAACCAUUUGUUAUUAGAAAAUAAACGUUAUUUAACUUAUUUAAAAUUACCAACAACAAAUCUAAAGACAUGGGAAGAUAUUCUAUCGAUUAUUAGUCCACAAAUUGAAUUUCUAAAUAUAAAUUCAAUCGAUAUAACAUUUCCAAUAACGCGUUUUUCAAAUUUAAAAUCUUUAAUUAUUUCUUCUCCAUAUGGUUUUCCAGACGAAGCAUUAAAAUUAAUUUUUGCAAGUGAACAAUUUCAAAAUUUACUUUCCUUUCAAAUACAAGAAAAAGAUUAG